CCAGACAUUAAAACCCGCAUCGUAUUUUCGAAAGGGCGAAAAAAAAAAAUCAAAUAAAAUCGGUCGACUGAGGUCUUUCACAACAGAAUGGGCAAAAAUCAACUCAGGAGGGCAAGGAAGAAAGCUCUAAAAUCUCAGGAGAUCAAGUCCAUCUCUGACGAUCGAGGUGCAAAAGCCCAACUUGAUGAUAGUCCAUUGCCCGACGUUCUCAAGACUGCCACUUCGGAGUCACAGACUACUUUGCCUCCACACCCCGAUGACCCGUUAUGGCAGGCAUAUAAGGAUAUCAUUGAAAAAUUUGACGAAGUUGAUGAUGACCAACGCCUACCAAAAGAGCCUGUGAAACCGGUAAUAUACUUCGAUGACGAUGACGAGAUACCGGAUGAAGACGAGAAAGAGCCUACUCUAUCAAAACGCAAGCGGAAGGAAUUGAGUAAACUCUCCGUUGCUGAACUGAAAGCAAUGGUUCGAAGACCGGAAAUAGUUGAGUGGACAGAUACGUCAGCGCCUGAUCCUCGGCUUCUUGUCCAUUUAAAGGCACAUCGCAAUGUUGUCCCUGUACCUUCACACUGGUCCUUGAAACGUGAAUACUUAUCUUCUAAAAGAGGUAUUGAGAAACCGCCAUUCGCGCUCCCGAAAUUUAUCCAAGAAACAGGGAUCUCAGAAAUGCGCGAUGCUGCUUUGGAGAAGCAGGAACAGUCGACUUUGAAGCAGAAGCAGAGGGAGAGAGUUCAACCCAAGAUGGGAAGGUUGGAUAUCGACUACCAAAAAUUGUACGAGGCAUUCUUUCGAUUUCAGACCAAACCCGAGCUUACUCGGUAUGGAGAGGUCUAUUAUGAGGGUAAAGAGUAUGAGACCAAUCUUAGGCACCUUCGACCGGGUGAGCUUAGUUCUGAGCUGAAAGAGGCUCUUAACAUGCCUCCUGGUGCUCCUCCUCCGUGGUUAAUCAAUCAACAACGAUAUGGGCCGCCUCCUUCAUACCCCGCGCUGAAGAUUCCCGGGUUGAAUUCCCCUCCCCCUCCUGGUGCAAUGUGGGGAUAUCAUCCUGGUGGUUACGGAAAGCCUCCAGUUGAUGAGCAUAACAGACCUCUGUACGGAGGUGACAUCUUUGGUGUGCUUCAGCCACAGCAGGCCGUGCAACAAGGCGAACCUGUUGAAAAAGAUCUUUGGGGGGAAUUACAGGCCCCUGAUUUGUCGGAAGAAGAAAGCGAGGAUGAAGAGGAUAGCGGAUCUGAUAGCGGUGAGGAAGAUGAUAUGGAAGCAGGCGUGCAAAGUCCAGGUGGCUUAGAAACCCCCAGUGGUUUAGCUUCGGCCGUUCCUUCGGAGGUAGCUGGACCUGAGAAUAUUGCUGGUGAGUUUGACGUGCGCAAGCAUUAUCGUGGAACUCAAACCGAGGAAUUUGUGGGACAACGAAGCGCCUUCCAGGUUAUUCCAGAGAGGCAAGCACAAGUGCAGGGUUUCUUUGGGGCCGACAAAGUAUACGAUCUCAGUGUCUCCUCGGAUAGUAUGCCACUGCUGGGCUCCGAUGAACAUAACAAAAAGCGCAAAAGGCCAGGAGACAUCGACGUAUCUGUUGACCCAGAUGCUUUGCAGGAAAAUGAUGGCAUCGGCCGAGAGGACAUAAAAAGGAUAUAUGAAUCCCAAAAGCAGCAGGGCAAUCCGAAUUGGAAUUUCCAGGAGGACUUGAGCGACAUGAUUGCCCACGAAAGUCGUAAGAGACAGAAAUAACAUGUUAAAAAUGCAUGGACAUUGACAUUUACAUGGAUUGUUAAUUUAUACGUGGCAGGCAUGUCUAUUGUUUACUAGUCACUACCUGCUGGUUUCAUUAUACAGGUU